AAUGUGUAAUACUUUCAGAUCAUACCUAAUCAUAUCAAGAGCUUACAAAUAUGGAUUAAAAGGUGAAAUUCAAAGAAUGACUGUUUAUCCAAUGCCCCAGGAUGUAGUUGUUGAUUUUGAGAAAGGACUGUGGAAAGCUCUGAAAUCUAUUUAUUCAGCAGUAUCCAUAAGACAGUGUGCAUUUCAUUGGAGCCAAACUGUGUAUAGAAAGAUUCAGAAUUUGGGAUACAUUAAAGAUUAUCAAUCAAAUAUGAAUAAUAGGAGGACAACAUUAAGCAAGAUAUUAGCAUUGCCUUUCCUUUCUUCUUUUACCCUACCAACAAUGUUCAAUUUAAUUGAGAAUGAAAUGAAAACAGCAAAUAGAUAUUCUGAUUUGGAAGAUAAUGUCAGAUCUCAAUGGAUUGAAAAUUCAAUUUGGCAACUUCAACAAUGGUCCGUAAUUGGUUUUAGUAUCAGAAAAAACAAUGAAGUUGAAGCUUGGCACAGAAGAGAUUGUGAAACUCCCACUAAAUUUAUUGAUUUAUACUUUUUGGAUAAAUUUUUUACCUAUUCAAUUAAACCAUUAGUAAAAGAUGAAUACUCAAUUUAUGGAAAAUUACAAAUACAAAUUUCAUCUAUAAAUCAACUUGAAAAUGUUGCAUUUCAAUCAAAAAUAACUGAUAAUGAAAUGAAAAUGCUUUGCAAACGUAUGGGUUAUGAUGGAAUUCAUUUUAUAGCACAAGCAUGUCCAUCAGAUGGAGGGAAAUUCUUUAUGGAAUUGACUGAAAAUUAUCUCAUCAAAUCAAAAACAUUUGGAUUCUUACCAAUGAAAUUUAAAAUGACAGAAGAUUUUAUAAAUAUAGGCAAAGCUAUUUGUAAACUGUCUGGAGAGCUCCCAACUCCAAAUUCGCCAAUUAUAAUUAUCAGAACAUAUGAUGAGAUUUAUUUGGAACAUUGUCCAUUACUAAAUCAACAUUUGCAUCGAUUUGGUAAUGUAGUUCUGGAUAACUGUAAAUGGGAUAAUUCAGAUUUAUGGGGAUGUGAACUGCUGGAUACUGAAGAAACUGUUUAUACAAGCAUACCAAAUUGUGUAAAAAAAGAGAAUUUUACAAAAGUUAAUGCAGUUUGUAAAUAUUUUGGUUUUUUGAGUGGAACAAUGAUAAAAGCAGAGGAAGAAACAGGUUUAGGAACUAGGGAAUUAUUUUCAUUUAAAUGUAAUGAUUGUAAAUCGAAAGGUUUGUCAUAUACUUUUGAAGAAUCUUGCUUCUAUCUUUUUUCUGAGAAAAUAUCAGUGUCAAUAAAAGACUCUUCUGAGUUAUGUAAAAAGAGAAAUAUGACAUUACCUAGCUACAUUACCAAUGAAGCAGAAUAUUUACUUACAUUAAACAAACAAUUUGAGUAUAUACUUAGUGUUGAGGCAAGUGACAAACUUCAACCAAAUUCAAAAUUUAGACUCUCCUUACCUGGAACUUUAAAGACAGAGGAAGAUGUUAAGGGUAGAAAAUUUCUAGUUUUUGAUGAUGGUAAACCUUUUGAAUUAAGAUACUUUCAACUUCUUAGAAAUAAUGAGUAA